CGGUGCUUCUCACCAGCAGAGCUUGAGAGGCCGUGCAGAUCCGAGUGUCGGGAGUGCGUACUGGAUACCGUGCGACCGUCAGUGUUGGCAUCCGCGUCCACACGGCGGCAUGGAGCGCUCCUGAUCCCGGCACGAAGCCUGGAAGAGCUCAGCCUUUCUUCCCUCGUCGCAUCUCGUGUCUGUUUGGAUAUUUGGAGCGAGGCCUGACCAUGUCUGCAAGAGAGAAGGGGACCCUGACCAAAGACAGUGUCAGCCUGCUGCCCUGUUUCUAUUUCGUGGAGCUGCCGAUCCUGGUAUCAUCUGUGGUCAGUCUGUACUUCCUGGAGUGGACGGAUGUGUUCAAGCCAGUGAAGUCUGGGUUUACCUGCCAUGACCGGAGUCUGAGUCUGCCCUACAUUGACCCCAACCAUGAGGUCAUCCCCCUGCUGAUGCUGCUCAGUCUGGCCUUCGCCGGACCCGCCAUCACGAUUAUGAUUGGAGAGGCCAUCCUGUUCUGCUGUCUGUCUCGGAGGAAGAGUGGUGCAGCGACAGAGGCCAACAUCAACGCUGCUGGAUGCAACUUCAACUCUUUCAUACGCAGAGGUGUCCGAUUUGUUGGUGUCCAUGCAUUUGGUCUUUGUGCCACGGCCCUCAUCACUGACAUCCUCCAACUGAUGACAGGCUACCCAACACCCUACUUCCUAACUGUGUGCAAACCCAAUUAUACCACGCUGAACGUCAGCUGUGAACAGAACCCCUAUGUCAUGGAGGAUAUCUGCUCAGGGGCUGACCUCGCAGCCAUCAACCAGGGCAGAAAAUCCUUCCCGUCGCAGCACGCUACCCUUGCAUCCUUUGCCGCUGUUUAUGUGUCGAUGUACUUCAACAGCACUUUGACAGACUCAUCUAAGCUGCUCAAGCCCCUUUUGGUCUUCUCCUUCAUCAUCUGUGCCAUUAUCUGUGGUCUGACCAGGAUUAUUCAGUAUAAGAACCACGCUAUUGACGUCUACCUGGGCUUCCUGCUUGGAGGAGCUAUUGCUGUCUAUUUGGGGUUGUAUGCAGUUGGAAAUUUUCAACCUAGUGAGGAAGCCAGCAACAGCCCACCCCCACAGCUGCAACGACCUCCCUGCUCUUUGCCCCACAUAAGCCAGGAGGCAGUCCUCCACCACUUGCAAAUGAAAGCUAGCAUGGUUGGAGAGCAAGGCAUACCCACCUCCCACUCUGAGGGUCUCCUCCACCGAGGUCUUCAGCAACAGAGGCCUGAUGACAACCUUAAGCGUUCCAGUGCAGAUGUGGAAGUGAUCUCACCCCAUAGCUCUCAUAGCAAAGAUGCCAUGGUGACCUUUAGCCACACCCUUCCUCGAGUGCACACCCCACAGGCCAUGGCAGCGUAUGAGGAAGCAGCCAGACGUCAUGCUGCCACCCUCCACCAUGCCUCCAUGGACUCUAGCCGCUCAAAGCAGCUGCUGUCUCAAUGGAAAAGUAAGAACAACAACUACAAAUGCUCCUUGCAGGUCCCAGACUCCUUCUCUUCCUCUGUAGACUCAUCAUCUGGUCAGUCCUCCCUGCAUCCACACCACCACGGCAGCAUGGAACUCCGAUCCAGCUCUGAGCCAUCGGCUAUGGGACUGAAUGGAGGCUUUGAUAGUCAUGCAUACUUGUCCAAACUGGCCAGUGGUACUAGUACCACCCUACCUAGUAACUGUAGUGGGAUCACCGGAGGGGCCAGGAUAGCCAUGCAAUCCAGACCCGGGUCUUCACAGCUGGUCCACAUACCAGAGGAAGCUCAUGAGAAUUACAACACCUCCUCCCUGAGAACAGUAGGAGCUGGAGGAAAUGAGGGGAUGUCAACAGCAAAUAGCAUAGUUCAGGCUAAUUGGCAAAGGGCAGCAGAGAAGACAGCAGCCUGUAGGACUAAUGAUAACGGACAGAAUAUGCAGCCACGAAUCAUGCAAGUAAUUGCUAUGUCCAAGCAGCAGGGCCUACUACAGACCCAUUCCAAGAGCUUAGAUGAGAGCAGCAUAGGCUGCAGCACCACUGGGAGUUGCCAGGGCUCUAGUCACUAUAGGGUGUUAAAUGAUCAAGAACAUACUAGCACCACAGGACCCAGCUCACUCGGCAGUACCACAGGCAGCAUUGCAGGGAGCACUGGAGCAAUUGUCAGAGUAGAGGCCCACCCUGAAAACAACAGACCUGUGAUCCAAGCUCCAUCCAUGGAUGGAAGUGGAUCGUGGAGGUGGCGGUCCCUGGACCAUGGCACUGGAGCAGGUGGAUGUGCAGGGACAAAUGCAGGAGGGGGAGGAGGAGGAUCAGCAGGAGGAGGUGGCAGUUUGAAGCAGUCCUAUGAGCUCAAUGAUCUAAAUAGAGACUCAGAGAGCUCUGACUCAAUACGUGAAGGGUCCAUUGACAGGAAGCAUGCCAAUCACAUUGUUACUACCACUGCCACUGUUAGCACCCCAGCCAUAGUUACUGUUCACACCCAGAACACUGGCCAGUCAGAGCAGAGGGUUCACCCCCAGGGUCCGUCUACGAUAAGGGUCACUCCAGGGGAUGGUAGUGGUUCUGGAUCUGGAGGAGGUGGUGGCGGAGGAGCUGGUGGAGAGACCGCAUCAGAAACCCACUCAGUCACCUCCAGUCGAGAGUCCACGCUCCAGAGAAAAGGCAAUAAUAUUAUCUUGAUUCCAGAGAGAGCCAACAGCCCUAAUAAUGCCCGGAAUAUUUUCUACAAGGGAACGUCAAUAACUCCUGUUUUCAAGGACUAAUGCAUACACUGACUCAAAACUUCUAGGAAGAUGUAGCAAAUAAUGCAACACAGUUGAUUUUGAGAGAACCCAUAACUGUGACAACAGUAUUACCUGCCAUUGUGCAUAACAUUAUAACUUCAAAAGAAAGAUGUUUUAUUCAGCAUGAGAUUUUUUUACAUGUUUACACUAAAGCACAACCUUUUAAGUGUUGUAGAAAUAAUCACUGUGUACUUUUGUGGUCACUCCCAAGGAAACCUAUUGUAAUGUCGAUUCUGUGCCAGUGCUUUGGAGAGAAGAGAACCUUUUUUAAACAGUUCUGUAUGUUUUGGAUAUCAAUCAUCACUAAAAAAAAGUGAGUUGCACAGUAACAUUUGAACUGUAGCAAACUACUGCAAAAUAAUUGUAU